AGCACCACUGAGAAAGCAUAACCACAAUAUUAUUGCCAUAAAGAUCUCCCAGAGAAACACUCAGAGUGUGCAGAACUCUGCUAUACAUAUUCAGAACUGUGAAGUGAUGUUCCAGACAGCCCUCUCCACUCUUUUGAGGAAACGUCGGCGACCUGAAUCGACCCCUGCUCUUCCUCAACAGAGAAAGAAGUUUGGGGAGGUGAUGGUUUAUCUUGUGGAGAGAAGAAUGGGGAAAAGCAGGAGGAACUUCUUGACCAGCUUGGCAAGGUCCAAGGGAUUCUGUGUGGACAACACCUUGAGUGAUAAAGUCACCCACAUUGUAGCUGAAGGCAUGUCAGCAAAUGAGUUGUGGCCCUGGUUAGAGGAGCAGAAUCUUCCACAGCUGGACAAAACCAAUGUCCUGGACAUCACCUGGUUUACUGAGAGUAUGAGAGCUGACAGGCCUGUUCCAGUGGAGGAGCAACAUCGCAUACAAAGGCCAGCUCUGCAGCUGAAGACUCGUCUGCCAGACAGUCCUGUGCCCACUGUGUCUCAGUAUGCAUGCCAGAGACGGACCACGCUGGACAACCCCAACAAAGUCCUGACUGAUGCGCUGGAGGUGCUGGUGGAGAACUGUGAGUUUAAUGACAGUAUGGGUCCAUGUUCAGGCUUCAGAAGAGCCGCGUCCGUGCUGAAAAGCCUGACCACUGCACUGAGCUGCCUGCAGGACACAGCUGGACUGCCCUGUCUGGGAGAGGAGAGCAAGACAAUAAUAGAGGAGAUCAUAGACUGUGGAUCGUCCUCCAGGGUGGAAGAUAUUUUAUCAGAUGAAAGAUAUCAAACACUGAAGCUGUUUACCAGUGUGUUUGGAGUCGGACCCAAAACAGCGGAGAAGUGGUACCGCAGAGGCCUGCGUAGCCUGGAGCAGGUCUACUCUGAUUCCAGCCUCCACUUUAACAGGAUGCAGACAGCAGGCUUCAUCUACUAUGAAGACAUCUCAAAACCAGUAACUGUUGCUGAGGCCAGAGCGGUGGGCUGUAUAAUUGAGGAGACUGCCAGCUACUACAGUUCAGGGGUCUCUAUCUCUCUGACUGGAGGAUUUCGCAGAGGGAAACAGUUUGGGCACGACGUAGAUUUCAUCCUGACUGUACCUGAGCCUGGGAAAGAGGAUGGACUUCUGCCUGCUGUAAUUGACACUCUCAGGAGUCAGGGCAUUCUCCUCUACUCAGAUUUCCAGGAGUCCACCUUCGACCUGAACAAGCUGCCGAGUCGGCGGUUUGAGGCCAUGGACCACUUCCAGAAGUGCUUCCUGAUUCUGAAGCUGCGGGCGGGGCUCGUGGAGGGUCAGCAGGUGGACCCCGGCUGCAGGAGAGACUGGAGGGCUGUGCGCGUGGACCUGGUGGCCCCACCGGCUGAGCGCUACGCCUUCUGCCUGCUGGGCUGGUCGGGAUCCACGCAGUUUGAGAGGGACCUGAGGAGAUUUGCCAGGCUGGAGCGAGGGAUGCUGCUUGACAACCAUGCCCUUUACGACAAAACUACGAAUACCUUCCUGCAGGCCAAGACAGAGGAGGACAUCUUUGCCCAUUUGGGGUUGGACUAUAUCGAGCCUUGGCAGAGGAACGCCUAGCCCUCGUCUUAUUCAUCAUCCGCUGUCCUGCAGCUGUUCCUGUUCCCUGCUGUUUUGAUAGCACACUGCUGGACUCAUUUAAUGCCAUCAGUCACUGAUUCAACUUCCCCAAAAGCCAAAACACAGACAAAAUGGCUUUGCUAUUAAGGUGUAUUGUAUGCUAAUAACAUGGAAACGAUUAUCUUUCAUUAUUAUACAUGCAUUACAGAAAUAUAAAUAUACAGCUCUGUAAGAAAAUAAGAGACUUUUUUCCAAAUUAAAAAAACUCUGGAAUGUAAUUAAGAAGAAGAUGGAUGAUCACAAGCCAUCAAAAUGUACCAGAAGUGGCAUAAAGUUAUCCAAAAGCAGUGUGUAAGACUGGUGGAGGAGAACAUGCCAAGAUGCAUGAAAACUGUGAUUAAAAAUUAAAACCAGGGUUAUUCCACCAAAUAUUGGUUUCUGAGAUUGAUUAAAACUUUAUGAAUAUGAACUUGUUUUCUUUUCAUUAUUUGAGGUCUGAAAGCUCUGCAUCUUUUUUUGUUAUUUCGGCCAUUUGCCUUUUUCUGCAAAUAAAUGCUCUAAAUGACAAUAUUUUAUUGUAAUUUAUAAGAAA